UAUGAGGAAGUGAUGAAUGGGAAUGUCACUGCAAGUCUUGAAUUCAUUCUCCUGGGACUAACCCAUCGCCUAGAGCUUCAGGUCCUAUUCUUUACCCUCUUUCUAACCAUCUACAUCAUCACUGUGGUGGGGAACCUGGGAAUGAUGGUAUUAGUGAGAAUCACUCCCCGGCUUCACACACCCAUGUAUUUUUUCCUGAGUCACUUAUCUUUUGUGGACCUCUGCUUCUCUUCCAAUGUGACUCCUAAGAUGCUGGAGACUCUCAUGGUGGAAAAGGCCACCAUAUCCUACUCAGCCUGUUUGGUGCAAUGUUACCUUUUCAUUACUUUGGCACAUGUGGAAAUCUACAUCCUGGCUGUGAUGGCCUUUGACCGUUACAUGGCCAUCUGUAAUCCUCUGCUCUAUGGCAGCAAGAUGUCCCCAAUUGUCUGCACCUCUCUCAUCUCAGUGCCCUAUGUCUAUGGCUCCCUCACGGGCCUCAUGGAGACCAUGUGGACCUAUAGCUUAUCAUUCUGUGGCCCCAAUAAGAUUAACCAUUUCUACUGUGCUGACCCUCCCCUCAUUAAACUAGCUUGUUCUAGUACUUACAGAAAAGAAACAUCAAUGUUUGUUGUUGCUGGGUUUAACCUCACCUUUUCCCUGCUCAUCAUUCUCAUCUCCUAUCUGUAUAUCUUCCCAGCUAUCUUCAGGCUUCGCUCUGCAGACAGCAGGCACAAAGCCUUCUCCACCUGUGGGUCCCAUCUGACAGCUGUCACUAUAUUCUAUGCAACUCUCUUCUUCAUGUACCUGACACCACCCUCUGAGAAGUCUGUGGAACAGGGGAAAAUGGUGGCCGUGUUUUAUACCACAGUGAUCCCUAUGUUGAACGCUAUGAUAUACAGCUUAAGGAACAAAGAUGUUAAAGAAGCCUUAAGCAAAGAACUCUUCAGAAAAGAACUUUCUAAACAAAUCUCAGCCCGACCAGCACUAUUGCUGGUUGUGAUGUUCUUCCUUUCCAGGCACAAAGAAAUUCCAGAAAUUGUUGUGCGUGGGACAAGGCGCACUAAUGUUCCUGAUGCAGGUGACAGGAGGGGAUGGGAGACUGCGGGGAGAGGAAGAUCUGAAUACUGGCCGACAACCUGCUGUUGGAGGGAUUUCUGUCAGGAGCUGGGGGGAGAGGAGCAAGUUGGAGGAGGAGCCUAUCAGAGCCCAUCAGCUGGUAACCUCCUACUGGUCCCUUUUUUCUCCUAUACUAGGUACUUGGCUUUUGUAGCCAGUAUUAGACAGUAA